AGCAUUAUAAAGCAAGAAGAAAUUAGGAAGCUAUGGGCAGGGCACGCAGGCCUCCACCUGGGCAGCACAGACAUUGCGAGAGAUGCUUCAACCGUCACUGCCAUGUUCCUGUGGAGCCCAAUGUCUCCUGCAUGGUGAUAAACUGCCACUUAUCCUGUGGUGCCACCUUCCACAUGUGCAAAGAGGCAGAGCAUGAGCUCCUGUGCCCUUUAGAGCAGGUUCCGUGCCUCAACUCUGAAUAUGGCUGCCCGCUUUCCAUGUCCCGCCACAAGCUGGCCAAGCAUCUGCAAGUGUGCCCCGCCAGCGUGGUCUGCUGCUCCAUGGAGUGGAACCGCUGGCCAAAUGUGGACUCUGAAACAACCCUUCAUGAGAAUAUCAUGAAAGAGACCCCCAAUGAGGAAUGUUUGGACACAGCCCUAGCCCUCCAGGACCAGAAGGUCCUUUUCAAAUCCUUGAAAAUGGUAGAACUUUUCCCAGAAACUAGAAAGCCCACCAAGGAGGAACCUACUCUGAAUGGAGAAGCCAGUUGGGAAGAAAUGGCGGGAGCGGUCGGUGGAGCAAACACUGGUUUACUACCACAUAGCUCUCUGUCAGCCACUAAAGGAGAGAUGGCAGAGCUGAGUCAAGAAGAACGUGAGGUCUUGGCCAAAACCAAAGAAGGGAUGGACCUGUCCAAGUUUAGCAAGUGGGAAAAUAUUUUCAGCAAAGAGAACGCAGCCUCUGCUUUAACAAACUCAUCAGCGAGCUGUGAGAAUAACAGUGAUGGCCAAGGGAAAGAACAGAUUUCCAACGGCAAUAAUGUGGUGGGAGAGGACACUGCUAAAGGGAAAGAAUCACAGGAAAACCAGAAACAGCAGGGCUGUCAUGCAGCUGUGGAAACAACAGGGCUUGCCCCUUGGCAGGAUGGUGUCCUGGAAAGACUGAAAACAGCUGUGGAUGUGAAGGACUAUAAUAUGUAUCUGGUGCACAAUGGGAGGAUGCUAAUUCACUUUGGUCAAAUGCCUGCUUGUACACCUAAGGAAAAGGACUUUGUUUAUGGCAACCUUGAGGCUCAGGAAGUGAAGACCGUUUACACCUUCAAAGUUCCUGUGAGCUACUGUGGGAAGCGGGCUCGCAUUGGUGAUGCCAUGUUGAGUUGUAAGCCAAGUGAACACAAAGCAGUAGACACUUCAGAUUUAGGGAUCACUGUGGAGGACCUGCCCAAAUCAGAUCUCAUCAAGACCACCCUCCUGUGUGCUUUGGAAAGAGAACUCAAAGGUCAUGUCAUCUCUGAAUCCAGGAGCAUUGAUGGGCUGUUCAUGGAUUUUGCUACUCAGACAUAUAGUUUUGAGCCAGAACAGUUUUCCUCUGCAACAGUGCUGGCUGACCUAACCACUUCCAACCCAGAGGGGCUCCAUGUGGAACUCCACAGUGAGUGUGUGACCAGGAGACACAACAAGAGUAGCUCUGCCUUCACUUUCACUUGCAACAAAUUCUUCAGGAGGGAUGAAUUCCCUCUGCAUUUCAAAAAUGUCCACACAGACAUUCAGUCAUGUCUCGAUGGCUGGUUCCAGCAUCGGUGCCCCCUUGCCUACUUGGGAUGUACAUUUAUUCAAAACCACUUCCGUCCCCCGGGACAAAAGGCAAAAGUGAUCUAUAGUCAAGAGCUCGAGACCUUUGCCAUCAAGCCAGAGGUUGCAUCAGAGCUGAAUGAGGGAAGGAAGAACAACUAUCUCUCAGGCCAUGGAGGAAAAAGCCAGAGUUCUCUAACCAGCUUGCCCUUGGAGGUUUUGCAGUACAUUGCUGGGUUCUUGGACAGCAUCAGCCUUUCCCAGCUCUCCCAGGUGUCUGUGCUGAUGAGGAAUAUCUGUGCCACUUUGUUACAGGAGAGAGGGAUGGUCCUCCUGCAAUGGAAGAAGAAGAGGUAUUCCCAUGGAGGCACCUCCUGGAGAGUUCACAGGAAGAUCUGGCAAUUCAGCAGCCUCUUCUCUAAAAUCAACAACUGGGAAUUCAAUGACGUUACCUCCAUGUCUGAGCACCUGAAGACCUGUCCUUUCAACGUUGUGGAGCACAAGACUGACCCAAUUCUUUUGACCAGCAUGUGUCAGCCCCAUGAGCAGGCCCAAGAGAGCUUAGUUGCCACCUUUCGAGCUAGACCACAGGGAAGACAAGCCAAGUAAAGAGUCCGAUACCACUGUUCUUGAGUUCUUCCUCAGAGUUACUGAAAGUAGGACAGAGUAUGUUUUGGGGGACUUCCCCCUGAAAACUGCAUAUAUGCUUAUCUAAGUGUACUAGAACAUGCAAUAUCCUCUAAAACCUGAGAAGUUGUACAAAGUCUAAGAACUUCCUAAGCCCUGCCUUGUAUAAUUGCUAUAGUACUGUAUUGAUGACUUAUUUCUUUUCCUUUUUCCUUUUUUAUUUCUGAAAUAGAUUAGCCUAAAGAGAAAAUAGGUAACUUGAGGUCAUUGAGGAAGAUAAGCCCAGUUUCGUAAGAGAUGAGAAAGCAGUGAAUUCCAUAAGCAGCAUUAGCCUGUGUUUUUAUGGGAUGGGGGCAUGUCCAGUUUACAAGCAUGUUCAAAUUUGUGGGGCAGACAAUGCCCAGUCUACCAUGGUGCAGGGCACACAGUUUGAAGGUUCUAGAACUGGGGCUGUCUUGACUUUCAAGUCCAGGGCUGUUUUUCAUUGCCCCGCUUCCCCUAAGCCCAGAUAUCCAAACACAGCCUGACAGAAUAGAGACCUUGGCUAAGCACAGCAUCCUUGAGGACACCACAAACCAAAGGAUGAAAGGCAGAAAUAAGGUCACAGAGUUUGUUGUAGAGAGUCUUGGCAACAUAUAGAACAACCUUGAAAAUUAAGGAGUCCAAAAGAGAUACUAUAUUCUUAAAGAAAAUAAGGUCAAAAAACCUCAAGCUUACAUUUUCAUAGUGACUUAAGAGUUACUGUUCAUUUCCACUGAAAAUUAUACUUUAGGUCUGAAUUAGGGAGAACACAGACAUAGCCCAGCACCAGCAUGCACCGCAGGUCCUGUGGCACUGGUCACCAGGUCCUGGAUACCACUUGCGUAGCCCAUGGGAGAUCUUGGGAAGGAAGUCAUGGGAACAUAAUGGGUCCCUAUAAUGGCUCCUCCCUGUAACUGGUCAUGCCCUCAGUCUGUCAAAAAUUGGUGACACUGCUAGUUUUGGGUAACAAACAGCAAAUACUCAUGAGAACAAAAGUAAUAGAAAAAUUAAUAACAGAAACUGACUUCCCCUUUCCCUAAAGCAGGGUUUUUGGGAACUGCUACCAUUGUGCACCAAAUAAUUCUUUGUCAUGAGGGACUGUCCUAUGUAUUACAGUAUAUUUCAUAGCAUCCCUAGCCUCUAGUCGUAGAUGCCAGUAGUACCCCCACAGCUGUAACAACCAAAAAUGUCUCCAGACACUGUUAAUUAUCCUAUGAAUCACUCCUGGUUGAGAACCCCUGCCCUAAAAGAUGACAUACCAAUGGCAGUUAAGUUAGGAUCAGCUUUUUAGUACAGCAAAAUCUUCUCUCCCACGUAGUUAUCUACAAUGGUAACAAUUUCAUCAGCUCUUCUUUAUUUAUGAAAUAGGUUUGAGACACAUGGUGGUUUUAAGUUGGAACCAGAUGGAGCUGAUUUGUUUGGUAUGGCUUCGUGCCCUUCAGUCAAAUGCAAAAGCCUAUCCUUUCGGCUCUCUCUACGUGUAGCUGAAGUCAGGAAAGUUAAGCUAGCCAUCUUAUGUUUACAUCUCUCUCGUUUAAUUAUGUCAUUUUCUAAGCAGUCCUAGCAGUCCACAAGCACUUGAGAAAGAAGGGAAAAGGAGGCUAGGCAUUGUGGAGAAGUAGAUAACAAAGAAUUUAGCCAACAGCAACAACAAAAUGACUCCAGUUGAUCUGGAUGCUUGUUAUUGCCUGAAUCUCUCUCUGAACAUGGUCCAAAGCUGGUGUAGAGGAAGUGGAUGACACCUCUGAGAAGAGUCAAGAAGGAACUUGGGCAAGUCCCAGAACAGAAAUCUGCUCACCUUUUCAUUACAAUGUGCCACUUGGUACUCUUCAGUAGUGUAACUAUUUUUCCUCAUCCUUUUUUGGUUUAUAUUUCACAUUUGUAUAUAAGGCACCAUUUUCUAAAAAUAUAACUAGAGUGUGAGCUAAGAUUUUAUUCAGUGAAGAUAAAUAACUGGAAACAAACCCUGAAGUGGGAAAAAAGAUAGAAUUCUCCAGGUAUCAGUUUCAUGUGUUUUGGACCUAGUCCUUCCUAUAUGGAGAAAGAAACCUCCUAAAGUCAAUUCUGGGUUUCUUAUUUUAUUAGGAAAAAAAGGAGAGAGAGGGAGAAAGGGGAGAGAGAUAGGCCAAGGGAGGUGAGAAUUAGAGGCUACUGUUACAUGGGUGACAAGUACAGGGAAAGGUGGAGAGCAGAGGGCUGCCCCCUGCCAGUCAGGUGGGAGGGGCAGGCCAGGAACAAGAGAGCCAUCAGGAGAGUGCCACACUGCUCUGUGGGCUGCACACUCCAGCUGCACUGUGCUUUCUCUGUUGCUGCCUUCAGAGCAACACUGAAUCAAUCGACAUCACCAAACACAUGUUAUAAGAUAUGUAAUAGUAUAUGUUGCAGAAAGCAGGGUGCUGCAGUGUAUCCACCGGUCUACCGAAACAAGCACAUUUUGUGGUGAGAGGGCAGUUAGAGCAAAAGGAAACUGUUUUACAAAGACUGAAUUAGAAGAUGAUUUGGUUAGUGAGUUAAGGCUGUACUGAGCAGCAUGAGUAGCAAACAUUAUCUAACAGAGGCAAGACAGGCAUGGCCUCAGACGGAGAAACCCUGAGAGGAAUGAAAAGGGACUGUGUUCCCAGGAUGGAGAGAUGUCUGUGAGUAUCAUCACCAAGGUAACUGGUUCAGAGUAGAAAUCAGCUGAACUUGGAGGGUGAGGUCUGUAGGACUGUUGCCUUAAUAGCAUAGGAAUCUAGAAAAGAAGUUUCUGUCUUAAAAUAAAGGGAAAUGUGAAAAGCAAGGUGGGCCUUGGAAAUGUAGCAAGAAAACUACUGUAAAAUUCUGAUCUAUGUGUGAUGUCAAAUAAAACUGAAGUGAGGAAUGAGAUUGUGAAUAUCU